GCUGGUUAGCAGCGCACGUGCCAGGCUCUGGGGCCCUUCUGCUUACACGCAAGUUCUUUCUGUCCUGGGUUUCUUCGUCCUGGAGACCCACUCCAUCUUCUACUCCCUCGGCUCUCGCCCAGCCUCUACCCCAAGCUCUGAACCUCGUCGUCUGCAAAAUCGAAAUGGACACAUCCAUGAAUUUCUCACGUGGGUUAAAAACGGAGCUGGUCCAGCCCUAUGACUUCGAGAUGUCGCAGGACUUAAGGCCCUUUUUGGAGGAGUACUGGGUAAGUUCAUUUCUCAUAGUGCUCGUCUAUCUGUCACUCAUCGUCGUUGGCCAGACCUACAUGAGAACUCGGAAGGGCUUCAGCUUGCAGAGGCCUCUCAUCCUCUGGUCCUUCUGCCUGGCAAUAUUCAGUAUCCUAGGUACACUGAGGACGUGGAAGUUUAUGGGAGCUGUGAUGUUUACAGUGGGCCUCAAGCAAACUGUGUGCUUUGGUGUCUACGUUGAAGAUACCAUAAUCAAAUUCUGGUCUUGGGUCUUUCUCCUCAGCAAGGUUGUUGAACUCGGAGACACGGCCUUCAUCAUCCUGCGUAAGCGUCCACUCAUCUUUGUCCACUGGUACCACCACAGCACAGUGUUACUGUUCACAAGCUUUGGAUACAAGCACAAAGUGCCUUCAGGUGGCUGGUUCAUGACCAUGAACUUGGGCGUCCAUUCUGUCAUGUACACCUACUACACCAUGAAAGCCGCCAAAGUAAAGCAUCCCAACAUCCUUCCCAUGGUCAUCACCAGCUUGCAGAUCCUGCAGAUGGUUCUGGGGACCAUCUUUGGCAUACUGAAUUACGUCUGGAGGCAGGAGAAAGGAUGCCACACAACAACGGAACACUUCUUCUGGUCCUUUAUGCUGUAUGGGACCUAUUUCAUCCUAUUCGCUCGCUUCUUCUACAGAGCCUACCUCAGGCCCAAGGGCAAAGCUGAGUCCAAGAGCCAAUGAGAGUUGGAAAGAAAGAUGGAGUCUCAGCCUUUCCUCCAUGGCACUAAGGGUUGGGCGUGGGAGAAUGACUAGGGUACCUCCCCUGUAUGGUUUCCCCCAUGGGAUAUACACCCUCAAAGUUGUAGGAAGCUAUGACAACCAAGAAAAUGUCACCCUUGGGAUAGGGGUGUGCUCUGGUGCUUUGAUGUUUCUGUCUUUAAUGUGAAGGAAAACCAAGUUCUAGGAAGGGGAUAGGACUGAGUGCCUUAAAAUCGAGUUAUUUAUAUUUAUAUUUAGAAAUAUUCCUCUUCUUGCUCUAUUUUUUAAAUUAAAGAGGUCAACACGAUUUUGAGGAUUUGUGGCCUUGGAGCCGUAAAGUGAAGUCUGUGGUAGGAGGAGGCUGCUGACGGGGGAGUGAUCUACAUCCAGGUGGAGAGCCUGAGGGUGUGUGGAAGGAUAGAGGCACACACAAACACUCAAUAAGAAUCCUAGGCUUGGUAGGCGCUUAAUAAAUGUCUGUUACAGACUAGACGUUUAUUGCUGUUAGAGACCCAAGCCUCUGAAAGAAACAGUGAGAAACAAGUCCUAAAAUCAUAGGCUAAACUGCAAAAUAGAUCCCUUCAAGGAAGCACUGGAGCCCAGACCUACCAGCUGUCCUCCCUGAGAACACCAGGUGGCGUCGCAGCACCAGCAGAGGACGAUCCCUGUCAACUAGCUGGUCACACUAAGCUUCAUAGUCCCCGCUUCCCCAUCCUGGAGGAAAGGAGUCCUUAGAAGCCUGGUCGCUCACUCCGUUCCUGUACACCCAGCUGUCCUUCUGGACAAUGGGAAGGAUGAAGGGAAGGAGGGCUCAACGGCAAGUCUGAAUCAUCAGGCCUUUGACAGUC